UUUAUAUUGUUUUAAAGUAAGCAAAUUAUUUAUUUAUACGCAAGUCAGUGAAAUAUAUUGUGAAAUUUUCAAAAGAUAGAAAAAAACUAAGAUGCCAAGUGAAAUAAUAACUUUACAACUAGGACAGUGCGGUAACCAGAUUGGUUUUGAAUUUUGGAAACGUUUAUGCCUGGAGCAUGGCAUUUCGCCAAGUGGAGUACUUGAAGAUUUUGCUACAGAUGGUGUAGAUCGCAAGGAUGUGUUCUUUUAUCAGGCCGAUGACGAUCACUAUAUACCACGAGCCGUACUUUUGGAUUUGGAGCCCAGGGUUAUACAUACCAUUAUGAGUUCUCCUUAUGCCAAGUUGUAUAACCCAGAAAAUGUGUACUUGUCUAAACAUGGUGGUGGUGCCGGCAACAAUUGGGCUUCGGGCUACAGUCAAGGUGAAAAGUUACAUGAAGAAAUUUUUGACAUUAUUGAUCGUGAAGCUGAUGGCAGUGAUUCCUUAGAGGGGUUUGUUUUAUGCCACUCCAUAGCUGGUGGCACUGGCUCCGGCUUGGGCUCUUAUAUUAUGGAACGUUUGUCCGAUCGUUUUCCCAAAAAACUUAUACAAACAUACAGUGUGUUUCCCAAUCAAGAUGAAAUUAGUGAUGUUGUGGUACAGCCCUAUAAUUCAAUGUUGACUUUACGACGUCUCACCAGUUGCGCUGAUUGCGUGGUAGUCUUAGAUAAUACAGCUUUAAAUCGCAUUGCCACGGAUCGAUUGCAUUUACAAAAUCCUAGCUUUUCACAAAUCAAUACAUUGGUAUCCACAAUUAUGUCGGUUAGCACGACCACACUGCGUUAUCCUUCUUAUAUGAACAAUAAUUUGAUCGGCUUAACUGCUCCCUUAAUACCAACACCUCAACUACAUUUCCUAAUGACUGGCUACACACCAUUGACAACGGACAAUGAUCAAACUGUCAAUGUUCGUAAAACCACGGUAUUAGAUGUUAUGCGCCGUUUAUUACAACCGAAAAACAUGAUGGUCUCCACUGGUCCUGACAAGACCAAUCAUCAUUGCUAUAUUUCAAUAUUGAAUAUAAUCCAGGGUGAGGUUGAUCCCACACAGGUUCAUAAAUCUUUACAACGCAUACGCGAACGUAAAUUGGCCCAAUUUAUUCCCUGGGGACCGACCAGCAUACAAGUGGCCCUCUCUCGUUCCUCACCCUAUGUUCAGAGUAGUCAUCGCGUUUCAGGCCUUAUGUUGGCCAAUCACACCAGUAUUUGUUCUCUAUUCGAAAGAGCUCUCAGUCAAUAUGAUAAACUUAAAAAACGUGGUGCCUUUUUGGAUCAAUUUCGUCGUGAGGAUAUUUUUAAAGAUGAUCUCUCCGAAUUGGACGAUUCGCGUGAUGUGGUCGACUGUUUGGUGCAGGAAUAUGAAGCAGCAACACAACCCAAUUAUUUGCAAUGGUCGGCCAAGAAGGGUCAGGAGGAAUAAUUUGAUAGAGUGAUAUUGAAAUGAGAUUUUUUCGUUUAAUUUUUUAUUUACCAGUGACUAACUAAAUUUAAUUUAGGUUUUUUAAUUGCCAUAUUUUAACUCGAAUUUUUGUAUGUUUAUUUAAUUUACGUUCAUUUUUUACAUUUAUAUGUAUUUAAUCAUUUGUUUAUUGCGUGAUGUUUGCACUUUUGUAUUGUUUAAAUGUUUGCAAAGGAAAUUGCUUAAGACACUGUUAACAUAAAUAAAAUUGUUUGAAAAUGUA